UAGAGAAGGGACGUUAUGAGGGAGGUUAUCUUGCCGCGAGUUUCAAGCGCUUGGAUCUCCGAGAGAGGAAGCAGAGACGCGGGAUACGCUCCCAAUGGCGUACGAGAUCCCAUUCGAUCGGAUCCACCGGCUCCAGUCCGGUCUCCGGGCGGCGGCCGGCAUCCCGUCGUACGACCCGUCCGACCCGGCGCUGCCGCCCCUCCCUUCGAUCGAAGACGCGGUGGAGGCGCUCGACCCGAGCCGUCCCCCCUACCUUCGUUGCAAGCGAUGCCGCGGCGGCCUCCUCCGAGGUCUUCAGUCCACGCUCUGCAUCUACUGCGGCGCCGACCGGAGGAGAGAAGGCCUCUCCUACGAGAUCUCCUUCAAUUCCACCGUCGGCUGCCGGAAGCUUCUCGAGUCCCUCGGUCUCGAUGGAUCCGAAGCUGUUACUUUGGACACUGAAUCAAGUGAUUCUAAGGGAAAGGAUAAGCCAAAGGGUGGUUUGGUUCUAUCUGACCUUUUGGACUUGGAACUGAAGUGGCCUUUAGAUAAGGAGGAAGUUGAUAAUAGCAGUAUAAACAAGGAGUUCUCUAACAAUAAAUAUGCUUUGAACUUGUCAGGAUUUGAUCUUGAUAAUUCUUUUUCUGAACCUAAGAUAGAGGCAGCUUCUGCUGCUCGUGGCCUACCCGAUGAACAGAUGAUGCCAGAAAAGCAAAGCAUAAAACAGAAUGAUGAAUUUUCCGGUUCAGAUAGUAUGUUUGAGAACCUUUGGUCUUCAGACAUGAAAGCAAGUUCUUUUAACAAUAAAAGCAGUGAAUUUGGUGAAUCAUUCACAGUUUGGGAGGUUGAGUUUCACACUGCCAGUUCUAAGACUUCUGCUGCUGACUCCAAAUCAGUUGACCUGUUUCAGGAUUCUUCAAAUACUGAAUCUAUUACUACACUAAGGCCUCAGGCCACUAUCUGCCAGCAGACAGAUAUACAGAAUGAUACAAGCAGCAAAGAUAACACAGGAAAAGUUACAAACGAUGCAGUUGAACCUUCCUCGACUAAUAACUCGAUUCCUGAUGAUUUUUUGUCUAUGAAUAGUGGGGAAGUAAGUAAAUCUGACGAGUUGAAGAGCAAUGGUGAAACUAAUAUUGGUGAACUGAACAGUAACUUAAAUGAUAUACCAGACCACAGGGUUGAAAAUGAUCCAUGGCCUGUAAGCAGCACAAAAGAAUCUGAAAAUACUAAAAGCAUAAAUGAUAAUGAUGUCUCAUUUGAUGAUUGGUGAAAUUUCACCAGCUCAUUUAAAGCAUAGGGAAGUUCAUCAAAUUUGGGGAUGCAAACUGAGCCCAGAUUGUUUGAGUUACCAUCAGAAACAAAGUCAAUGGAUCUAUGGCCUCCAAGCGGCACAAAGGAGUCUGAUAACACUAAAAGCUUAGAUGGUAAGAACGAUCUAUUUGAUGAUUGGCAAGGUUUUACUAGCUCGAGUGAAGCAUGGUUAAGUUUAUCAACUUUAGGGUUGCAAGCUGGGGCCACAUUGAUUGAGCAUCCUUCAGAAAGUCGGUGGAUUUAUGGUCUACAAGCAUUACAAAUGAGUCUGACAAUACUAAAAACCUAUAUGGUAAUGAUGACUCAUUUGAUGGCCGGCAAGAUUUUACUAGCUCGAGUGAAGCAGCGGGAAGUUCAUCAAAUUUAGGAGCAAACACUGGGGCCACAUUGUUUGAGCAUCCUUCAUAAACAAAUUCAUUGGAUCUCUGGCCUACAAGCGGCACAAAGGAUUCUGACAAUACUAAAAACAUAUAUAGUAAUGAUGAGUUGUUUGAUGGUUGGCAAGGUUUUACUAGCUCGGGUGAUGCAGAGGGAAGUUUAUCAAAUUUAGGGGCACAAAUUGUGGCAACAUUUCUGGAGUAUCCAUUUGAAAUAAAGUUAGUGGACCUAUGGUCUAAAAGCAGCACAAAGGACUCUAAAAAAGCUAAUGCCAUAACUGGUAGUGAUCAAGGGAGGCCAAACCGGACCGAACCGUCCGGUUCGGCCCGUAUCAAGUCAACCCGAUUUUGAACCGGGCCCUCUUUUCUUUUCUUUGUUUGCUGAUAAAAUGAUAUUGGAAAGGCCUUCUUUCCAACAUCAUUUUUAAGCGGCGGAGAGCUCUCCGUCUUUCCUCCUUCCCCUCACGGUAAAUCACACCAAUUCAGCACUUCAGAAGGAAGAUCCAAGCCUAAAUAAGAAACCGUUUGACGCAGAAGUGCUUCAACGAUCUUGUAUAUAUUCACUACAAUUUAAGGUUGAGGCUGAAGUGCAUUCAGAAGAAAGUGGAGCUAAAGUACACAAAUCCAAUCCAUAAUGCUUUCGUUGAUGAUGAGGAUGAUCCUAUGAUCGGAUGGUUGUAGCCCAGCAGUAGAAGCUAGAGCGCUGAACAAUUGAAAGGAUGCGUGGAAUAUUACUUUCUGCCCAUUGUCCUGCAUCGAUCCCAGCCUCGCUGGCUACGAAACUGGCUGAUCGUGGAAGCAAUCCUCGCUCAUCAAGCUUCAGCUCCUGCUGCUGGCCCAGAAGCCAUCCGAUCAUAUGAUCAUUCUCAUAAUCAACGAAAGCACUAUGGAUCAGAUCUGUGUAUUUUAGCUCUACUUCCUCCUGAAUACACUUUAGUCUUAAUCGCAUAUUAUAGUGAACAUAUAUAAGGUUAUUGAGGCGCUUCCAUGUCAAACGGUUUCUUAUUUAGGCUUGGAUCUAUCUUUUGAAGUGCUAAAUCGGUAUGAUUUUCGCCGUAAGAAAAAGGAAGAAAGGUAGAAAGCUCUCCGCCACUUAGAAAUGAUGUUGGAAAGGCCUUCCCAACAUCAUUUUAUCAGCAGGCAAAGAAAAGGGGAGAGGGCCCAGUUCACACCAAGUUCAAAUGAAACCGGCUGGUUCUGAAUGAUUCCGGCCGAUACGGACCUUUUUCGGCCUGUUCGGAACCGGGUCGGCUCGGUACGGACCAAACCGGGCGGUUCGGUCUGGUUCAGCCUUCCAUGGGAUGGAGUUUGGCAGCUUCUUGCAUUCGGACUACUUUUUCAGAGCCCCUGGCAGUCAAGAAGGUUCCAGCGAGGGGAACGGAAUGCAGUUAGAUGCCUCAAUUUCUAAUAGGUACAUGGUGAAUGUUCAUUCUGGUUGUUGCUUAAUUUUUCUGUAACGUUAACAUUGAAGAAGUUUGGAAGAAAAAAAAAAUCCUAGCUUAGCUGUUCAUCAAUAUUCAUCUCAUCCAUGAGAUGUUGAAAAAGAUAUAGACUGAUUCGUAGUAUUUUUUAUUUAGAAAAGGAAUAUGCAUUACAUUGGAAGCAUCUUCUAGUGGUGUACAUUUUGAUUAUUAUGUUUUCUACACAUACUGUAAAUAUUCUGUAUUUGAAUGUGAUAGGCAGUGUAGUGUCUAAUUUCAACUUUUUUUAGGAAGUUAAUAUAAUUACUAGUUGAAACAUUAGCUAAUAUAGAGAUGCAUUGAUCAAUUAAACAUUCUCACUGUAUAAUGAGGAUUAAAUGCUUGAGUUUUAUUAUUUGAGAAACAUACUUAUUGAAGAACAAUGGCUACUGAACACCCAUGGACAAUGGUGGCUACAAGAUACAAUUUUAUGGAUAUCAGUGUACAUGCUGGUUUUUGUAUUUCAUGUCAUUGGAUCUCAUUUGAUGGUUUUUUGGCCUGCUUUAUUUCCUGUAGCUGUCUACAAGUGGCAGGCAACAUAAGCUAGUGCAUUUAUGUCAGGUCAUGACUUUAAUUGGUCGACCCGAAGAAUGAAUACUCCUUUCCCAUUUUGCUUCAUCUCCCCCAUUCUCAUUUUUCUGUCUUCCUUAUUUUUGCCUCCUUUUAAUUUAAAUCAUCUUUCCCCUUUUCCAUUUAAAUCACCUUUCUUGGAAUAUUUUCUUUCCUGUGCUCUUAUUACUAAUACUUUGAGGCUUUUUUGUUGCAGAUUUUCUGGCUGGAGCACAUUAACUGUUCCCAUGUACUAUUAGGCCCAAUUUCAUCAGCACUGUGCAAGGAUGGAGUGUUUACAUUGUUUGCUCUUAAUUAUAUAUGAAUAUGUCGCUGACAUAAUAUCAGUAAAGUAAAAUGUUAAUGGGUAUAUUUAACAAUAUCUAGAGAGGAGCAGCUUUUAGGUUUUUGGGAAUUGGGAUAUUUUUACAACUCCUAAUCUAAGAUUGAUAACUCCUAGAGCCCUGAUUCUUUUUAUUACUUCAUCUUCUUGGAGUGAAACCAUUUAAAAAAAAUCUUAGAUGCACCCAUAUGGGAUUUCUUUUACUUAAACAUUUGAAAUUGUAGUAUGCCAUACUAUUAUCCAUGCAACCAAAAAAAACUGCUCCAUUAUCCA